AUGGCAACACCACAGCAAAACCCAGCGAGACAGCCGGCUCCUGCUUGUGCUCGCUCAGCUUCAGCUCCACAGAGGCAACCGCUUCGGCAGAUCACCAUUGAACCUCUAAAUAUUCAGACAGCGAGUCCAAAACCGAAUGCACUUCCCCCUCCAACUCUACUUAAACACCGUCUCCGCAGAUUCAUCUCACAAUGGAACAACUGGUGGAUUCUUGAGAUCGCGGCUGGCAUGCUGAACAUUGUAUGCUUGAUAAUUAUCAUCAUCCUCCUUGACCAUUUUGACGGCAAACCUUUAAGUAGAUGGCAUUCGAGGAUCACACCCAACGCAAUGAUUUCUGUCCUGGCCACUGUCUCAAAAUCCUCGGUGCUCUUGCCAGUAGCAGAGUGCAUAUCACAACUCACCUGGCUACAGUUCCAAAGGCCACACUCCUUGCAGCUGAUACAGGAGUUUGACGAAGCAAGUCGUGGUGCCCUAGGAUCAUUCCAGAUACUGUUCUCUACUGAAGCUAUUGCAGCAUGGUUUGGAGCAACUAUUACUUUGAUGGCUCUCGCAUUUGAGCCUUUUGUGCAGCAAGUAUUAUUGUUGCAGACUCGCCAAGUUCUCCUCAACAUCACCAACACCCAAGUGCCGGUUUCGUCUACAUUUAAUACUGGCAAGACCUUUCCUGCGUCAUUUCCUGUGAAUUACUACCCACUUGGGGAUGAAGCACAUGCUCUUGACUCCUCUAUUCGAGCUGCUGGGUUUAACGGAAUCUACAACGGCGCCAUCGAACCGCCAUAUGAGUGUGGAUCGUCAAGCUGUCGCUUCGGAAGCUUCGCUUCGCUGGGGAUAUGCUCAUCAUGCACGAAUGUUUCGGAUGAUCUGAAAGACAAUUGCACAACUACAAUUGGUGGUAGGUGUGAGAGUUGGGAAUACACAACCCCUGCAAACAUCAGCGUACGUGCCCGGUAUGAUUCUGGCCAGUUUAGCAGGAACAACUUCGCUACACUCUUCAAUAGCUCCGCGACUAAAUGGAACGAACUUAGCAUGCCAUCUCUGGCACAGUUCUCCACCAUAAAAUUUAUCCUGACCACCGAUUCAUCGGGCCUCGACACUCUCGUACCCAUCCUCGCACACGAUUGCUCUCUUCGCCUAUGCAUCAGGACAUGGGCCGGUGCCACAUUCGAAAAUUCCACCUUCACAAUGGAACCACCUGAAGAAAUUAAUUUUCAGAGAGUAAUGGCAUCUGGUCCAUUCUCAAUCCUCGAGCUUGACCCAACUGUCAAUGCUACAAGAUUUGGCACCUACAAGAUCAACACUUACGACUGGCAGAUGAUGGCCUCAUUCCUGGCGGCGACCUUCUCGUAUCAGGGUAGCGAUGUCCUCUCAGACACAGAUAACCAAGGCGUGCCAAUCAUGCUGUACUAUGCCCGCGAUCUUCCGGCCAUGAUACAGAAUCUCGCCAACAGUCUGACGAACAUGAUUCGCACGUCGCCGGACAGCACCCUUGUCGCAGGCGAAGCCUUCCGGAGCGAGGCGUUUAUCAAGAUCCACUGGCCGUGGAUAUCGCUGCCUGCGAUUGUGGUCUUUUCCUCAAACAGUCUAUUGGUGAUCAUGAUGAUCCAGAGUCACAGGAAACGGUCCCCGAUCUGGAAGAGCUCCGUGCUGGCGCUUCUAUUUCACGGAUUGAAGCCGGGUACGACCAAUACCGCAGAUGAGCAUGUGACUUCGUUGUGGGACAUGGAGCUCUUGGCUGAACGGAAGAAGGUGAGGCUUGAUGGCUCAACUCCCGAAGAGCUAAUCUUUGUUCCGUCUUGA